AUGCAAUCUGAAACCGUCCUUGUCGUAGGCUCGACCGGUAACAUUGGUGUUGCGGCAGUGAUUGGUGCCCUCCGUGCUAAACGCAGCGUACUCGCCAUCGUCCGCAAGAAAGAGUCCGCCGAGAAACUGUUCAAGCAUGUCGGCACAAAGGAAGGCAUCACUGUUGUAGAAGCAGAUCUCACGUCCGAAACAGGCAUGCUCCGAGUGGUAAAAGACGUCAAGGCUGGAAAACUGCCUGCCUUCCAACAUGUGUAUGCCACUGGGAGUGACCUCAGAGACACCAACAUUUGCUUCAACGAAGUGUACCUGAACUUGAGAGUAGAGGUGGACGAGUCGGCCAAGCAGAAUGGCGUCUCCAAAGCCUCGGACUUUGCAGAAUGCUACUAG